GCCACUGCGACGUUGCCUGUGGCGGCCUGCGAGCCAACGGUUAGCGUAGACGGAGGUUGACUGAGAGCGUCGGUUUGGAAAGAAUGAUGCUAUACUGUGCCAUUCCUUUAUUGGCACAGUCCAGAAGUACAGAUAAUGGAUUCUGAACUAAUGCACAGUAUAGUAGGAAGCUAUCUUAAACCUCCAGAAAGAGUGUUUGUUCCAUCCAUCACCCAGAGUGAUGAAUCAUCUCAGACUCACUAUUCUGUGAACAUAGAAGUUACCUCUCCCAAAAUGCUUCAUAGUCCAAAUAGCCAAGCUCUUAUUUUAGCCUUAAAAACUCUUCAGGAAAAGAUUCAUCGUUUAGACUUAGAGAGAACACAAGCUGAAGAUAACCUGAAAAUUCUUUCCAGAGAAGCGGCACAGUAUAAAAAGGCCUUGGAGGAUGAAACAAAGGAGAGAAAUCUGGCACACGAGGAACUGAUAAAGCAGAAAAAAGAUAUAAGUAUGCAGUUAAGCUCAGCCCAGUCUCACUGUACCCUUCUAGAGAAACAACUAGAAUAUACAAAGAGAAUGGUUCUCAACGUAGAGCGAGAGAAGAAUAUGAUCCUAGAACAACAGGCCCAGCUUCAAAGGGAAAAAGAACAGGAUCAUAUGAAGCUUCAAGCAAAACUUGAAAAGCUUGAUGUCUUAGAAAAAGAAUGUUUUAAACUUACAACAACUCAGAAAACUGCUGAGGGCAAGAUUAAACAUUUAGAGGAAAAACUAAAGGAAGAAGAACAUCAGCGUAAGCUCUUUCAAGACAAAGCUUCUCAGCUUCAAACUGGACUUGAAAUCAGUAGAAUUUUGAUGUCUUCACUAUCAAAUCCAAAGCGCUCCAAGGAAAAGAAGAAAUCUUCAAAGAAAACUAAAUGUUUAAAGGGAGGACCACCUCCGCAAAUUUAUUCAAAGUUUGGAUCACUGCCUAUUGUGGCCGAGAAGUCUGCCAGUGCAGGCCAUUCCAGGAAUGCACGUACCCAAAACCUGCAGACAAUGCAACAUUACAGGCCACAUAUCCUUCAGAAACUGGCUGAAGUUUCUGAACCUAGAUGUCUCUACAAGCCUUCUAGAACAACUUCUCAAUGUGAAGAUGUACCUUCUGACUCAGAAAAGUCCAUUUCCAUUUGUAACAAUUUGUCUGAACUUUUGAUGGCAAUGCAAGAUGAGCUGGACCAAAUGACUAUGGAGUACCAAGACCUGCUGAAUCAAAUGAAAGAAACUGAAAGCCAAUCAGUCUGUGAAAACAUAGAAUGUGCACUAGAACAUUUAGUCAAGAAAAUGGAAAUUAAAGGAGAACAAAUUUCUAAACUAAUGAAGCAUCAAGACAGUGUCCGCAAACUGCAGCAAAAAGUUCAGAAUUUGAAGAUGAGUGAAGCUUCAGCUAUUCAGAAAGAAGAUAGCAACUGUAACGGAUCAAAGAACAUAAAAAAUAGCCCCAGGAAAUGUUUCCUAACUAACUCUCCUCAAAAGAGCAGCAACUUCCGUCCAAUAGGAGUCCAUAAUCUUCAAAUGAAAUUGAGAAGAGAUGAUAUCAUGUGGGAACAGUAACACAGUAGCAAAACUGUCACCUUAAAUGAACUUUGUCAGUGAGAUCUUGAACUAUCUAAAGUGGUUUUAAUUUAAUAUACCUUUAUGAAAUUUUGAAUUAUGUUUCUAGCCUCUAUAAAGUGUCAAACUGUAGUAUUUUAAAAUUAGUGCCUAAUGACCUCCUAAGAGCCCCAAAUAAUAAAUGAUUGCUUUCUUGUUUUUCUUAUUGACUGAAGUACCUAAUCUCAUCAUGUGUUAGAAACAUUGUUCACUGUGCAGAUACCUUAAGCUAAAUUUAAAAAAUUAUACUAGACUGAUGAUAUUUAAAAUUGAGUUAAAUUUGAGAUACAAGUGCCAUAACACUUUUUUAUUUAGUAGGCUUGGAACCUUAAGAACCAAUAUAAAAUUAACAGAGUAUGGAAAGGUCUUUUUACUUUCCUGUUGCUUCCUCCCUAUCUUAUUUUAUAACUGGGAAAUGUUUUUCUUUUUUGGAAAGGGAAAAGCUUUGGGAAGAGGCCUUUAGCCCAAGUUUUUAUGUGACAAUUACAAAUAGGAACCCAUAGUUACUUAAUAUUUAGAUGACAAUAACUCAGCUGUGGAAGCCUUCCUCUGCUAUUCCCAUUCUCUUUUACAAAUCUAGCUUUGGUUUUUUUGAUCUUACUCCUUUAUAACUAUAUUUUUGGUAUUUUGAUUCGUGGUGCCAUAAGAGAUUUCUUUGUACAUAUAUGCUUUAUAAUAAAUUUACAUUUGUUGACCUAUCUUUCCAGAAGCCUAUGGAAACUAGUACAACUCUUCUGAACUUAUUUGGUUUCUCAUCAGAAUCCUUUGGGGCAACUAGAGAACUGGAGUCAUCAACUGAAGUAGAACUAGAAGACUGACAGAAAAGGCAUAACAGAAGUGAGGAACUCAGAAGAUAGGGUAGCAGUUUAAGAGAUGGUGAUUCCAAAGGAACGGAUUGGGAGUACCUUCAGCCCCAGAGAUGUUCCACAGACUGCUUCGUCUAAACUCAGUUUCAUCACCUUACCUAUUUUUCAACUUUGCCUUUUCUCCUCAAGAAUGGGGUGGAGCAAAUGAUUUCCUUCCUGGAUGGGGCAGUCUAUGGUCAGUGUACAAGAGUUGCUGUAGCAACGCCGCAGCUGUGCUUUGCCUAGCAGAAACUCGACUGAAAGCUCCCUGAGGGCAAGAUUCUUUCUUGCUCACCGCUGUAGUCCAGCACCUAGCAUAAUACCUGCCCCGUGAAGAACAUGUUGGUGAUAAAAGAUGACCAAGCAUAGGGCUUCCCUGGUGGCACAGUGGUUGAGAGUCCGCCUGCCGAUGCAGGGGACACGGGUUCGUGCCCUGCUCUGGGAAGAUCCCACAUGCCGCAGAGCGGCUAGGCCCGUGAGCCAUGGCCGCUGAGCCUGUGCGUCCGCAGCCUGUGCUCCGCAACGGAAGAGGCCACAACAGUGAGAGGCCCGUGUACAGCAAAAAAAAAAGAUGAGCAAGUAUCAAAAAUGGUUUACCCAGGGCAGUUAUGGAGUACCUUGCGGAUCUUUGUGAAGAAGAUUGAAUUGCCCCAUGGUGAUACAGGGCCCGCUUGCUUACAGUUUAAAUUCUCUUCUAGCAUUUACUAGAAUAAAAAUCAUUGUUUUAUUUUGGUACCCAUCGCAUUCCCAAAUUUUAGGAAAUUUUAAAAUGUUCA